UUUGUAUCUACACUUCUUUAUAUUUCUUGUUUUGGACUCCUUUUUUACUAUAUUUUUCUUAUGCAGGUCUCCCACGAUAAUAAUGUGUCUCGGAUAAAUUACGGACACCUGUUCCGUUAUGAUCAGAUGAACCCACGCCAGUCCUCGAAGCAUGAUCUCAAUCAGACAGCAAAAGUACAGUCAGGAAAACAGUUGACAGCUGAUUCGAUCGAACCAGAGGAAUCGAGAAGUGCACGCACCAAGGGAAUGGUCUCUGUUCUCAAAAGCAAACAUGAAGUUUUGACCCGACAGCGCGAUGCCAUGGCACUAGAAGUCAAGACUACAGCCGAGACCCGUGACAUGCAUCUCGCUAGCCAGAGUGUAUUUCGGGCAGAGAAUGACACGCUCCGACUGGAGAUGAACCGGCUGGCAAUGGAAAUUGAUGCCAAGCAGACUGCAAUUGAUUCUCUCAAGACCACAGCCGAUGAUCAAAAAACAUAUGCCAGCUCAGUCCAGUUGGCAGCCGAGACCCAACGUAUGGGAACAGCAGAGUUAAAAAAGAAAGCAGGUGAAUACAAACAGGCUAUCUCUCGCGCCAAGCUCAAGGCGGCACAGGCCCAGGCCCAGACACAGGCUCUCAAGGACUCACUAAAAGGACUUUCGGGUCAACGUCGACAUGAAAAACUAGCUCAUGAACAACUAUUGAGUCUCUUGAGUACCUUGAAAAAAGAAGGCCAGGAAUCUAUUGAGCGUCUUCAACAGGGUGGACAUGAGCUGAAAUCGCUAGGGGAUGAACGCUCUAGUCUGUUAGAGUCCACCAGAGAUGUGGUGAAAAAUAUUGAAAGCUGGCAUGAUAAGAACAAGACAGCUUUCAAGACCGAGGUUGUGAAACUCGGGGAGGCACUGAGUCCUUGUACAGACAAAGACAAGGAACUAAAAGAUAGUGUUGAACAAUGUAAAAACCAAAUGGAUUCUCUUGUUGACCGUAUCCGAAAGACCCAGCAGUAACUGGAUUGUGUUUAAUUUUUCUUUCUAUGUUUAUUUUUUUGUUUUCUUUUUGUAUUGGUCUUAAUAAAAACCUUGUAUUUUCUGACCC